AUGCCAGAGGCUAUCAAACUCGACCCAAAGAGUAGCGCGUUGAUCCUGAUAGACAUGAUCAACGCUGUGGCCAAGGGGAACGGACCGCCCUACAACGUGCCCCCGAACCGCCAGGGCGUGAUCGACAACUUUGUCCGGCUGGUGGCCCAUUGCCGGGAGGUCGGGACCCCGAUCAUAUACAUCACUACCUACCGCAGGGCUGACAACUCGGACGCACCCAAGACUGUUGCAGACGUCGGGGGCGGGGGCGGAGCGGCAAUGCUUGAAGGGACCCCGGCCGUUGAGUUAUCGAUGAGUUGGCCCCGCAACCAGGGGACUACAUCGUCGUGA